ACGGGAGCUGUCAGGGGAGGGGAAGGGACCAGUGACAGGUGUUUACGCGCCAAACAACAAUGGAUGGUUGCGUGCUAACGUUUUGAUACUAUUUCUCUACACGUUUUUUGAUAGUUUUUACUCUUUUUCGUUUAUUUUUCAUACACCACAGUGCUCUUAACAUCGUCCUUUAGUGUUUCCGUGAACAUGUAAUCCGAUUCGGACUGAAAUAGAGCUCCGUUGACUAGCUGUGCUAGACGUUGAAGCUUUGUUGUAACUGACCUAUUUCACCGUGUAUUAUUGUGAAAUAGUUGUCUUUAUUGACUGCUCGAGAUGUCUGCCGUGACGCCUCGUCGUUCGGCGCGUACUCCGCACAACUUCACGCCAAAAAUGAGCGAGAGGAAGAAGAGUUUGUUUCAAGGUGAAGUGGAGGCGCGGGUGGCGCUGACGCAGCACCGGCGGCUGGCGGUGGUGGACAGCGAGAGCGACGGGGAGGACUGCGACCUCGGCAUCGUGGGCGCGCUGGACUGCAGCUCCGACGAGCUCACCGACCCGCCGAGGACACCCGAGAGACAGCCGUGGCAUGAAACAAGGAGCCACUCCAAGAGACUGCUGAAGGAAAGCCAUGACUUGAAGAACUUCAUCAAAUCCCCUUUCACAUUGAAGAAAUACCAGACCAAGUACUCCCAUGAGUCCCUGCACUCACCUCUGUCCACGCCGGCCACCCCGCACGUGCACCGGCACCUCGGCACCCCGUCGUCCACACACUCCUGCGCCAGUGCCCACACCACCUCCUCUACCUCCAGCAGAGCUCGCAAGAGCCUCGCCAACCUCAUCGCUGACACAGAGAGCUGUAGCAGCUCUCUCAAAGACUUAAACUUUGACACCGACUCUGGGACUGACUCCAAAGAAAACACACCCACCAAAGGACCGAGGAGGUCGACCCGCAAACAGAAAAUGAGCAUGAAACUGGCCACAUUCAAAGGAGUUUUAUUGGAGCAGAAGAAGAAUGCCACAUCAUCUCCAACCAAGUCCCCCAUGGUCUGCUUGACGAAAAUGGACCUUAGCAACUUUGUGUCUCCCAGUCAGAUGCUCAAAACUCCAGAAACAUGUGAAGCCAACAUGUCCCCUCGGGUGCACAACCGGCGGCCCAUCGUUGAAAUAGCUGAGAGUCCUGAAGACACAUGCGACAGUGAGAAAAGUUACAAAAGACUUCGCAACAACAGCAUUCCUUCUGACAAUGAACCCAACUCCAAGUAUCCCAAGCUGGACACCAGCGGCUCUGCUCCUAAAGCCCGCUUAUCCCUAUUCAACAGUGACCGCCUGAAAGAAAUGCUUUCUACCAAGUCCUUCUAUGGCAAACAAAACCCAGACCUCAACGCUAGCUUAUCCAACAAACUAUCAAAUGCAAUCUUAGCUACAAGCCAGCCGCGGCAGAAACGGUACUUGACACACUCACAAAGAUCUAAGUCCAGGAAGUCAGGUCAGAUAAAUAUGGGUGUGAAACACAGGAUCAGGAAGCCUAAGAUCCAUAAGACUAAGCUGCUGAACCGCUCAGGCUCACGUUCGGGCCACGAGGGGGACAGCACGCUGAGGUCCACUGCUAGCGCCGCUGACUCCUCCAUGAUGAGCCAGAAUACUUCACAGGAGCUUGACAAUGACAAAACAGAUCCCUUCGGCAGUGAGAAGCAAACCAUAGACGCCUUGCUCAGCCAAUGGACCGAGGAGGAGGUCCCUGAGACAGAGUUGUCCUACACCCGCUCUGAGCAGUCCUACACUGCCCCGACAGAACUGCCCUGCUUCAACAGCACUGUCAUUGAGGAGACCCAUCAGAUCUUCCAGCCUGUUACAGCCGUCCCGGUGACGGUCACCGAGAAUAUCAAUCCUAACUCUGAAGUGAUUGUGGAACUGGGAGCCAAGGAGCCUUCUGCAGCGCCAUCCCCGCCCCUGGACGUGGCGAUGUCGGAGGGCCCGCACGCGGCGGCGCACGGCGGCGCGCACGCCGGCUUCCUGCCCGUCGAGGGCGGGUACCUGCUCGUCGCUGAACAUGUGCAGGAGGACGAGCUGACAGACUUGGACGCGAUCGAGCGCGAGCUGAAGAUGCUGGACGAGCAGAUCCUGCACAUGGCGCGGAGCAACAACAUCGACGCCAGCGCCGCCAUCGCGUCCACGGAGACUGCUGUCGUUAGCGAAGAGCCCAAGACUGAGGAGAAGACAGAGAAGCCGGCCAAGUUGUUUCCGAUCUUCAGCCAGCCCAACCCUGGGACCGGCGCACCUUCUACUAGCAAACCCACCACCAGCGCCGAGGCCACCAAGAAGCCGCUCCUGAAGAAGUCUUCGAACCAGUACGUGAUCGACGCGGGGCAGAGGCGGUUUGGAGCCACGCAGUGCGGCGAGUGCGGGGUCAUAUACGAGAUUGGUGACCCUCAAGACGAGCACGAUCACCUGGUCCAUCACAACGCAACAGACGUCCUCAGGUUUAAUGGCUGGAAAGAAGAGCGUGUGGUCGGCACCUACGGCGCCGGCAGAGUGCUCCUAGUCCGCGGCGGCUCGGCCGGGUGGAAGCGGGUCGCGGCGUUACUGAGCCGAGUGGUGCACCCGCAGCUGGGGUAUAGUGAAGCACUGCCGGGCGAGCCGGCGGGUUAUACUGCCUACCUAUACGUGGAGAAGAAGCAGAUAGUAGGCUGUCUCGUGAUGGAGCCGAAGAGCAGAGCCUUCAAGAUGAUCCCCGGAGACCCCGACUGUUGCAGCGUAGAGGACUACCCCGUCAAAUGCGGUGUAUCCCGCAUAUGGACGCACAAGAGCCACCAGCGGCGCGGCGUGGCCGGCCGCCUGCUGGACUGCGCGCGCGCCUCGCUCAUCUACGGACACGGCCUGCGACUGGAAGAGAUCGCUUUCAGCGCGCCCACCGCCGCCGGGAAGGCGCUGGCUACUAGAUACUGCGCCACCCCUAACUUCUUUGUCUAUUUGCAGUAGAUUGUAAGACUUAAUGAGAGUUUCAAUAACUCUAACUAGCUGACAGUUACUUUAUGUCGAUUUUGUCAGAAUGCUACUUUUUAUGUGUUAAAGUCGUAUGAUAUUAGUAUAGUAGUAGUACUGUCUGCUAUCGAUAGAAAGAGUAGGUGUUGAAACUGGCAGUUAGGGCCGUUUAACAAUGUCUGGAAUGGCUACCUGUAGGAUAAAAGACAUGCUCUCUGUAAUUAUGUUUUAGACAGUGACAGCAUUUAUUUUAUCCUACAGGUAGCUAUUAUCCAGACAUUUUGAAACAACCCCCCUUAGAGAUUUGAGGAUUAGGAAAAUGAAUAUUGAACUGCAAUGAGGAUGGUCGAAGAAACUUUUUUAGAAGUUAUUUUUUAAAAUGUUACAAUGAAGGGAAAAAUUACAGCCAAUAGUCAUAGUAGUUAAUAUGCAGGUAUCGACAAUAUUUGAACCACUCAUACAUAGGUUACAUACAAUAAAGGCUGUUCAAAAGUGGUAUAGUCAGCCGAAAGUGGUCAAGGGGUCAUUCUGAAUUCGUGAUUCAGAACACCCGCUUUCGGCUUAGGUUCUAUACCAUUUUUUAACACUCUGUACAACUUUAUCUUGUCAUGUCUUAUUACAUUAUAGAAAUGAUACUCAUCGAAUUUUUUAUACUAUUUUUUAAGCACGUGCCAAUAUUUUUCUCAAGUGCCUUGUAUUAAGAAAUUUGAAUAAUGUGCCAGUUUUAAAGAUAGAUUUAAGUACAUAUUUUGAUAGAAUUUUUUGCUCUCUAAGGCCAUUUUUAUAAUUUGUAUUUUUAAUUACAUAUUUGAUGAUUACGCUUACAUAUUGUUUUAGUUAUACUUUAGCAAGUUUACUGUGCAGAAAUGGUUAAGCCAGUUGGAGUGUUUUAUUAAUAUUUGUUUUUGUCAAUUAGUUAGUGCGAAAUGGAUGAUUUUUAUUGUAGUGUUUGCUGUUAGGUCCAACUGUCCACCAACCAACUAUUGCAAAUUUUUACGGAUAUUUAGUCAGAAGAUAUCUUUUGGACCUUAUCGCUGGUGGCGAUUUAAUUAUGUUUCCAUUGUCUCGGUAACUUUAAUCUCAUUUCAAUGUUUUAUAUUAAGUAUUCGAUUUCAGAAUGGCCUAAAUUAUGGUAUUUUAAGGUCAAAUGCUCAAUAUUAUACACAGUAAUCUUGAGUACCGAUAUCUCAUGCUUUUAAGUUAUUUGUAAAUAGGCCAUAAUUUAUUGAUAUGAUUUUUAAGCGUAAAAACUGUUUUACUUCUAUUUUACUAUACUGUGACUUAGUUUUUAACAUUCCUUGCAUUUAGACCUUUCGUUUUGAGAAAGUACCUACUUAAUAUCCUAUAUUUUAUUGUAAGCUAACUUGAUACCUAUUUUGUGGUAGCAUUUUGAAAUAGUUUUAGUGGCAUCCCCAAAGACUUAGUACCUUUCUGUGUAAUGCCAUUUCGCUGUAAAUAUGUUAUUAUAAGUUUUAUUCAGUCUGAUAGUGUCAUACGCUUAGCGAUGAAGUAAUUUUUUAUUUAAAUUUCAAGGAUUUUGAGAUUUCUUGGACAUACAUACAUACAUGGAAUGUUAUGUAGUUGAAUAGAAGCUACAAAUUUAAUUACGGAUAUACUUAUUAUUGUCAACGAUAGUUUACGGUUAUUAAAUCCAUCUUUAUGAUUGAUGUAACUACUAAGUACUUAUAAAGCAUUUACAGAAAUUUACCGUACUGUUCAAACUUAAAAAAAAAACUACAUUCUAACUUUCAUUCCAUUAAUUUCUGUGUGCCUGUGUUUAAAAUAAACGUUAAAUUCGCAAA